UUGGAGUCCCCAAUCAUGACCCUUUCCAAGGAUUACCAAGACGUCCGAACCUCAAUCUCUUCAGAGGAGGAUGAAAUCGACAUCGUUGGAGGAAACCACAGUGACAGAGAAUAUUUCAUGGCUUGCAAGGGCGCAAAAGAGAUGGGCUCGUCGGACAUGGAUCAUUCAGAGACCGAGUCUUCUGGCGAGAGCGAAAGCAGCUUUUACGCGGAGGCCUCUGCGUCAUCCGGCCCGAAGCAAACUUCUGCAGUCAAACCUCCUUAUUCAUACAUCGCUCUCAUAACCAUGGCCAUCCUCCAAAAUCCGAUGAAGAAACUGACUCUCAGCGGCAUCUGCGACUUCAUCAGCAACAAGUUUCCAUACUACAAGGAGAAAUUCCCAGCUUGGCAGAACUCCAUAAGGCACAACUUGUCUCUGAACGACUGCUUUAUCAAAAUCCCGAGAGAGCCUGGCAACCCGGGUAAAGGGAACUACUGGUCCCUCGAUCCUGCGUCCGAGGACAUGUUUGACAACGGCAGUUUUCUGCGCAGGAGAAAAAGAUUCAAAAGAAACCAACCGGAGUUCACCAAAGAUGGCCUAAUGCUUUACCACCCAACGUUAAGUUAUCGACCAUAUGGGCGACCUUACUGCGUUUCUGGGCCAGUUCCAGCCCAUGCUAAUCCUAUUGGAUAUUUGCCAAUGCCCGAUGGCAUCAUGGUGCCACCUCCAUAUUUUCAAUAUCAGACUCUUAAUAUUAAAGUCCAAGAAUCUCCAGAAAUUCCGCACCGGUCUGAACGCAAGACGCAGAAGUGUUCGUUCAGCAUUGACAGCAUCAUGGCCAAAUCAACAGUUUCUCACAUCAAAAACUCUCCUCGUCACCUCCCAACUGACUACAGUUAUGUGUUUCCAAGACCAACAUCUUGUGUUGCUCCAAGUUUGUUACCUGUGCCAAGGACUCCCAUGCUGAAAACAGUUUCCUUCACAGACACAUUGAGAAUGGUAUAUCCACAUUGUUGAACUGUUGUUAUCGCUGUCUAUCAUAUUUUUAGUAUGAUAAUGCCGUUGUAAAUUGCUCUUAUAGUUUUAAUGUAAAUAAAUAAAUGGUAAUAUAUUUGUCAGAGAAAUUGUCUGAAAUGCUUCAAUGGAUGUAUUCAAAUGUCUGUUUAAAAUAAACCACCAUUGUCGAG